UUCCGGGGCGCGGAGGAAACGGACCCAUUUGCCGCUGCGCAUCCUCCGACUGAGACCAUGGCAGCCGCCGCCUGGUGGGGUUGGGGAGCUGCAGGCGCUGCGGCCGGGCUGCGUAGGCGAUUAUGUCAUAUGAUGAAUCCAAACCCCAUCAGGAAACAGCCGAUGCAUCAGUUUGUACAAAGACCCCUUUUCCCAUUACCUGCCACCUUGUGUAACACAGAAUUGGGGAUUGAACUCACCCCCUUGCGCUUGCCAGUGCGGUACAUGUUUAUUCAAACACAAGAUACCCCAAAUCCUAACAGCUUAAAAUUUGUACCAGGAAAACCAGUUCUUGAGACAAGGACCAUGGAUUUUCCUACACCAGCUGCAGCAUUUCGCUCUCCUCUGGCGAGGCAAUUAUUUAGGAUUGAAGGAGUAAAAAGUGUCUUCUUUGGACCAGAUUUCAUCACUGUCACAAAGGAGAAUGAAGAAUUAGACUGGAAUUUACUGAAACCAGAUAUUUAUGCAACAAUUAUGGACUUUUUUGCAUCUGGCUUACCCCUAGUUACUGAGGAAACAUCGUCAGGAGAACCAGCUUCUGAAGAAGAUGAUGAAGUUGUGGCAAUGAUUAAGGAAUUACUAGAUACUAGAAUACGGCCGACUGUACAGGAAGAUGGAGGAGAUGUAAUCUAUAAAGGCUUUGAAGAUGGCAUAGUACAGCUGAAACUCCAAGGGUCUUGCACCAGCUGCCCCAGCUCAAUCAUCACUCUGAAGAAUGGGAUUCAGAACAUGCUACAGUUUUAUAUUCCGGAAGUAGAAGGUGUAGAACAGGUGAAGGAUGAUGAAUCAGAUGAAAAAGAAGCAAACUCGCCUUAAAAUAAUCUGGAUUUUCUUUGGGUAUAACAGUUGGACUUAUAAUGUAUACCAAGUUUUUAUUAAUAUGCUGGGGAACUUGAAGAUGAACAAAAAUGCCCUUUUCUUAGAGAA